UCGUAAUAUUUAUUAUCAAUUGUUUAGUGAUUUAAGACCCAAAUUGAGUGAUAAUUACCGCCGAAGAUGUCUUUAAACGCUUUCAUGCAUUCGAGGAAUAUAUACCGAAAGCGUCCAGACUUUGCAGAAAUGGCCAAAACUUACGCCUCUUUCGCACCGUUUGUGAGACACGACUCGAGAGGAAAAGUGGUCUUUGAUUACAACGAUUGCCACGCAUUGAGACAAUUGACCAUAACUUUGCUGAAGAAGGACUUCGACCUCGAGGUCCGCAUUCCCGCCGAUCGACUCAUACCUACUGUUCCUCAAAGACUUAAUUACAUACUAUUUGUUGAGGAUUUGGUCUCCAAGUUAAAGGACUUUCUUCGUGGUAACGGCCGGGAAGUGCUGGAAGUGAUUGGUGUGGAUGUGGGCACCGGUUGUUGCGCUGUCUUUCCGCUCAUCGGUUGUACACUUAAUAAGGACUGGAGUUUUGUGGCCAUAGAUGUCGAUCCCGUGACCAUUGAGUCGGCCGUCGAUAACAUCAACAGAAAUCACUUAAACCCACGAAUAAAAGUCAUUGAAUGCAAUGAAGAAACAGGUUUUGCGCCAAUUGUUCAACAAAUGUCAGCUAAUGGGCAACGGAUCCACUUUUUGAUGACAAAUCCGCCAUUUUUUGAACACAAUUAUAGCGAUGAAGAAGAGGAUGAAGAAGAAGAGGACAUUGAGUCAAACGUUACCGAAAGUAAGGCCCAAAUGGACUGUACGUUAGAGUCGGGGGACAAACCUGUCUUCAAAUCAAAAGUGGACCGAAAGCGUGCUCUCCGUCACAAGUCUUCGGCAAAUACAUCGAAACCUAUAGAAUCGGUUGUCAGCGGAGGUGAAGUGGAGUUCGUGUCAAAGAUAAUUGAAAACAGUUUACAACUGAAGGACAAAGUGUUAAUCUAUAGCUCAAUGUUAGGCAAAAAGAGUUCAUUAAAACAAUUGAAAUCUAUUAUAAAAAGUGAGGUCCAGAGAGGACUCAUCCAUAGCUUUGUUUGCACUGAGUUUUGUCAGGGAUUGACAAAGAGAUGGGGCAUCGCGUGGACUCUGGUGUCCGGCCUUAACCUCCGAGACGUUGCCGUAACGAAAGCCAUUAAACCGAAACCACCGCUUGUCUACUAUUUGCCACCACUGAUGAAGUCAUGCGAGUAUACCAUUGAUUCGGUUUCGCAAAGAAUACAAUCACUUCUGAAGGAAGACUUGAAAUUGGAUUCGUUUGAUGUGAAGAAAACGAGAAAACGAAUCGAAUUCCGGAUUCGAUCGCAAACUAAUGUAUGGAGUAAUCAACGGAAGAGGAGAAGAGAAAUGAAACGCCAACUCGAAAGCCAAUCUAUGAGUAGUGAUAAGUCGGAUAACAGUGCCAUCGAUGACCAAAACGGUAUGAAUAUAUCGGCCAAUAAUGAAUCCAAAGACCAGUUGAAUGAAACGGUGAGUCGGAAGAGAGGUUCCGAUGAUAUGGAUUGCGAUAGCAGUGGACACGAACUGUCGAUGAAUGCAGAAGCGGAGUAUCAGACCAAGAAGUGUAAGACAUCUCGAGACUUAUUAUGGGAACAGGAGUUGUAUUUAUUAGACACAAGUCUUGCGAUACGAAGAGACAAACAGACGAUUAUCAUCGAAAUGGAGACCAAAGAGUUGGCCACUAAUAGUGAAUCAACGCAUCAGUUGUUUCAGUACUUCAAAAAUAAUUUGAAUUAAACAUACAAUUCAUUAAUUGAGUAAAUCAUGUGAUAAAGAGAUCAUUAUUUUUUGUUUUACUAACUUUUGUAUCACUGUUUUGAUCAUAAAAUAAAAUGUAAUCUAAAGUGACA